CAAGAACCCGCUUUUCCUUUCCAUUUACCUUAUUUAUAUUAUUCAUAGAUAUUUUUUGAAUACUAAAGCAUCCUUGCAUAAUAAUGAAAUAAUUGAAAUAUGAAAUGUAACAUUUGUGUUAAUUGCGGAGAUUAUUUGAAAUUUUCAGUUGUACUCAAUUUAACAAACAAUUAAAGAAGAGAUAAAACGAAUAGUAAAAGUACUUCGAAAUGAAGAAAAAACAAUUAGUAGCUCUUUGAUUAGGUUUUUGUUCAGUUUUUCUUUCUACCAAACGGUUAAUCAGUCUGGCUGAAUUACAAGGGACGAUCAAAGUCCGGCAUUGUUUUUAAAAUAGAGGGAUAUCUCUUCCGAAGUGAUAGACCGUCUAAAUUAUCUACUGAGGUAUCCAGCUAUCAAAACGCCCUUAUCGGCAGGAAGUCGGCGGCUCAGAUUAAAAACAAUAUAGGGUGAAAAGAUUCACACGGCUUGAAAGCUGAUUGGUCGAAUAGUCUCCUCCCCAAAUCAGAUUUUGCAUAUAAAGCUUGAAUGCGUUUAAUGCGUAUGUAUUCAUUGUCCUUUCACAGUUGAUUAACAAUGCCAAAGUCAUCUAGUAAGCCGCUCAUUGAAAAGCGCCGACGAGCAAGAAUAACGCAAAGUAUGCAACAAAUACGCAUGAUUGUUGAUACUGCAACAAUUCAGCAGAAUAUGCCUUACAAGUUGGAGAGAGCUGAAGUCUUAGAAUUAGCUGUUGAUCAUAUGAAGAAACUUCCAGCAAAGAGUAAAGGUAGUUCAUUGGAGUUACGAUAUUUUUUAACAGCUAAAAUUUUUAAUUUAUUAGAAAAGCCAACAAAUAGGGAAACCUUUACAUCAGGAUAUGUCGAUUGUUUAAAUGAAACAUUAAAAAUACUCGCGGACGAGCGUUUCGCUGAGGUUAGAGGAAAGUUGAGCGUCUAUGUAGCCGAUGCCUUAGAAAGACGAUUAUCAAGAAGUUCGAAAGCGGAUCUUAGCGACCUCCAACCUUCUCCAGUUGACCCUCAUCGAGUAAUUUCUACUACCACGAAAAUAUGUACUCCACAAUUGAAUAUAGUUCCCAUUGUCUCAUUGCCCACACCAUUUAUGCCUUAUACGCUCCCUUACAAUGUUUCUCAGUCUAUGAAGAGAAGUGUGCCGGAAGAAAAGGAAGAUCUGCCAAAUAAAAGAGCCUGUAGAGAUAUCACAAACAAACCUAUAGAAAGUCUCGAACCGAAGAAAUCAAGAAAAUUAUUACAAUUUCACCACCAGCUGCCUUCAUUAAUUAAUUAAAUUAUUAACUCAUGUGUAUAUAUUUUACAUUGUAUUUACAUAUAAAUAUUUAUAUAAUUAAUUCUUAUGUGACUUAUAGAUUUUUCUAUUUAUAUAAAUAAAAGAAAGCAAGCA